UAGCCUUACCCUUAUCCCUUCCUUUCCCUGGGCAGCCCUGACUUCUUCCGCACUAGAAAUUCUAUUCUAUUCUAUUCUAUUCUCUUCUCUUCUCUGCAGAGAGACCCAAACUCGGUUGCUGGGACCAACACCAACCAUUAAAGGCCCUUUUUACAAAUGCAAUCUCUAGUGACGAGCAAGGGCAACCAAAGCUCCCUUUAAUCUCUCUCUCUCUCUCUCUGCUUCCUUCUGCAAGCCCAUGAGAAUAAGAAGAGCGAGAUCUGCUUUUGGUGGGUUUUCUUUUCUUUUCUUUUUCUAAGUUUCUAUAGAACUGAAAGCUCUAAUUUUUGGGGAGGGUCUGGCGACAGCUGGGAGGGAAAGGGGUUGUUCCAUUUCUUGGCUGGCAUCAAUGGGGAUUUGCUUGAGUGCCAAGAUCAAAGCCGAGAGCCCCUGCAACACAGGGGUGAGCUCGAGACAUGUUAGCGCAGAUGGGGCUGAUCGUAGCGGUUCAGUCGGUAAACUGUCAUCAGCUUCUGUGCCGCCAACUCCUCGAAGCAAGGGCGAAAUCUUGCAGUCUUCUAAUUUGAAGAACUUCAGUUAUGCAGAUCUGAGGAUGGCCACAAGGAACUUCCGUCCAGACAGUGUUCUAGGAGAGGGCGGUUUUGGUCCAGUUUUCAAGGGUUGGAUCGAUGAAAACUCCUUUGCGGCUGCAAAGCCAGGGACUGGCACGAUCAUUGCUGUGAAAAAGCUUAACCAAGACGGUUUCCAGGGUCACAAGGAAUGGUUGGCAGAAGUGAAUUACCUGGGACAGCUUUAUCAUCCUCAUCUUGUGAAGCUUAUUGGUUAUUGCUUGGAGGAUGAACAUAAGCUUUUGGUGUAUGAGUUUAUGCCCAGGGGCAGCUUGGAAAAUCAUCUCUUCAGGAGUGAGUUCUUUCCACCCAUCUUUGGAGUUAUAAUCCAGACUUUGACUCAUAGAAAAUGUGAUGACAAGACCCCAAAUUGUUUGUUAGCAGGAGGUUCUUACUUCCAGCCUCUUUCUUGGAACCUUCGCAUAAAGGUUGCACUUGGUGCUGCAAAGGGUCUUGCUUUUCUUCACAGCGCGAAAGUCAUAUAUCGGGACUUCAAACCUUCUAAUAUAUUGCUUGAUUCGGACUACAAUGCAAAGCUUUCUGAUUUUGGGUUAGCCAAGGAUGGGCCGACAGGUGACCAGAGUCAUGUAUCGACCAGGGUUAUGGGGACCUAUGGAUAUGCCGCUCCAGAAUAUCUUGCAACUGGUCAUUUGACCGCCAGGAGCGAUGUCUUCAGUUUUGGGGUUGUUCUCCUUGAAAUGAUAUGUGGACGAAGAUCAGUGGACAAGAAUAGGCCGUCUGGGGAACACAACCUAGUGGAAUGGGCCAAACCAUACCUGGCCAACAAACGUAAAAUCUUCCGCAUCAUAGACAAUCGCCUUGAAGGCCAGUAUUCGUUGGAUGCAGCCCAUAAGACAGCCAAUGUUGCACUGCGAUGCCUCUCCACAGAACCCAAGUUUAGGCCAACCAUGGAUGAGGUCGUAAAAGAGUUACGGCAGCUUCACGAUUCUAUUGGUGCAGGAAAUACUUGCAGCACUGAUCCAAGCAGUCGGCCCAGGCCUCGGAGGCGAAGUGCAGACUGCGCGAUCAAUGGAAAAGCAACGGUUGCUUAUCCCAGGCCUUCUGCUUCCCCACUCUUUACAAAAUGAAUCAAGAAAAGCCGCUUUCAUUUCAUCCAGAGAUAGCGUAUGAGGACUCGGCAUUUUCCUAUAUCUGUUCAAUAACUGUACAGUUGUUUUGGCUGACACAAUCAAAAAUCAAACCCUCUGUCGUGUCAACUCGGUAUCUAAAGGAGGCUUGUAACAAACAGAGGAAUCACCCGGUUGUCUUGUUGGACUAUCAUCAAAGUGUUUUGUUGUAUGUAACAUUAAGUAGGAAUUCAAAUGAUUUUGUAUCAAUUAACCUUAGCUCCCUAGACUGAGUUCUGCUUUUCCGUUACUUGUAUUUUCUUGUUUGUAACAUGAUAUAUAUAUCAUGGCUCUUUUUCCAGAGGAAAGGAGUCAAGCAAUGAGAUCAUUUGUUCAUAUUUA